GGCCACCAACAGCAGCGGAACGUCUCGCCCUCUCUAAAAGCCAUUUCAGAACCACCUUCGAACUCCACCCCUCCGCUUCCGCGAACCCAAUCCCUAAUCCCUCUCGCCCUCGCGUCCGCCCCCAAUUCGAUCCGGCCCGGGCCCCGAUCCCCCUCGAUCCCGGUCCCAACCAGGCGCCGGCCCGAUCGGCAUUGCGCGCCUGCCGCCUCGGCCAGAUCUGGGCGCCGCCUCGGGCGCCAGAUCCCGCCGCCCUCGCGCCUAGCGGUUCCGGCGCCGGACGCCAACUUGGCGCCCCAGAAGCGGUCCCAGCGCGGCGGCGGCGGCGGAGGUGGUGCCUCCGCCGCCGCCGCGGCCUCGUCCGCCGCCGCGGGGGACUCCGGGGACGCGGUCAUGGCGCGGUGGCUGCAGUCCGCGGGGCUGCAGCACCUCGCGGCGUCCUCGGCCGCGGGCGGGGUCGGGGCAGGGGACCUCCGCGGCGGCGGCCUCGCCGGCGGUGGCGCCGGCGGCCUUCUCCCGAGCCUUCUCAUGCAGGGAUAUGGGCCACAAUCGAUAGAAGAAAAACAGAAGCUUUAUACAUUAUUGAGGAGUCUGAAUUUCAAUGGGGAAUUGGCAUCUGCAUCCUUGUCUGAGCCCUAUACUCCAACAGCACAGAGCUUUGGUGGUGGGGCUUCUGUAGAUGGAUUUUAUUCACCCGAACUUAGAGGUGAAUUCGGAGCUGGCCUUUUAGAUCUUCAUGCAAUGGAUGACAGCGAGCUUCUUUCUGAGAAUGUUGCGUCAGAACCAUUUGAGGCUUCACCUUUUAUGCCAAAGGAAAUGGAUGAUGAUGAGGAUGAUUUAAUACCAGAAAACCAGCAAAGUCUAGUAGAUAACUGUAGUAGUGCAUUCAUCAGCGAAAAAGAGAACACUGGGGUCAGUGUUAGAGAAAGUAAUGUAGCAAAGAUCAAAGUCGUGGUAAGGAAAAGACCCCUGAACAAAAAGGAGGUAUCUCGAAAAGAGGAAGACAUCAUAGAUGUACACAAUUCUCAGUUCUUGACUGUCCAUGAACCUAAGCUCAAGGUGGAUUUGACAGCGUAUGUGGAAAAGCAUGAAUUCUGCUUUGAUGCUGUAUUGGAUGAGCAUGUAACUAAUGAUGAGGUGUACUGUGAGACCGUGGAGCCUAUUAUACCAAUAAUUUUCCAAAGGACAAAAGCCACAUGCUUCGCAUAUGGCCAGACAGGCAGUGGCAAGACAUAUACAAUGCAACCCCUACCUCUAAGAGCUGCACAUGAUAUGGUUCGUCUUUUGCAUCAACCUAUGUAUCGGAAUCAACAUUUCAAGUUAUGGUUGAGCUACUUUGAGAUUUAUGGUGGGAAGCUCUUUGAUCUUCUCAGUGAAAGGAGGCAACUCUUAAUGAGGGAAGAUGGAAAGAAACAGGUCUGUAUUGUUGGCUUACAGGAGUUCGAGGUUUCUGAUGUCCAGAUUGUCAAAGAAUACAUUGAGAAAGGAAAUGCUGCAAGAAGCACAGGCACGACCGGGGCCAAUGAAGAGUCAUCACGAUCUCAUGCUAUUCUGCAAUUGGCUGUGAAAAAGCAUAUCCCAGUUGCUGAUACUCGGAGACAGAGAGACCGAGAUGCUAUUGAAGCAAAGAAUACAAAGCUUGUGGGGAAAAUGUCAUUUAUUGAUCUUGCUGGAAGUGAGCGUGGUGCUGAUACAACAGAUAAUGACAAACAAACAAGAAUUGAGGGUGCAGAGAUCAACAAGAGCCUUUUGGCACUCAAGGAAUGUAUUCGAGCAUUGGAUAAUGAUCAAAUACACAUUCCUUUCAGAGGAAGCAAGCUAACAGAGGUGCUCCGCGACUCUUUUGUUGGCAACUCUCGAACAGUAAUGAUUUCUUGCAUCUCACCAAGUUCAGGAUCAUGUGAGCACACGCUAAAUACCUUAAGAUACGCCGAUAGGGUUAAAAGUCUUUCGAAAGGUGGAAACAUAAAAAAGGAGCAGGUUACUAUGCAGCCUGUAACAUCCGGCAAGGAAUCUACAUACAAUUCAUAUCCUUUAUCAGGUGAAUCUGAAGAAAUUAUGGAGCAGACUCAAGAAAGACCUGUUGAUGGUUCUAGGAAGGGUAUUGACAAUUUCACUUCCAAUUCUUCCAUGGAACCUGAGAGAAACUCUUUCAGUAUAAUUCCAAGUUAUCCACAGAGAGGAAAGGAAGAAAGUAGUUCAAGAUCUGGUUUGAGUGAUAGGGAGAGAGGAGAUUUGAAACCUAGCCAGGCUGGUAUUACUAGUAAAACACAGUCACUUCAGGAUUCAGUAAAUACACAAGAAGAUGUAAAAGUCACAAAAGUCUCACCACCCCAGAGAAAAGCUAACAGGGAUGAGAAAUCGGAAAGGCAGAGCAACUACGUGAAAAAGGAAAGUGGUCAUGAAAUUAGUCGGACUGUUCUUAAGCAGCAACAACAACUUAAACAGCAGCAGUUGCAAAGACCAUCAUCGACCUCAGCACCACAGGUUUCAUCCAAGCAAUCUGAAAAAGAAGCUAUGGAAAUAAAUGCAAUACUUGAGGAAGAAGAGGCAUUGAUAGCAGCUCACAGAAAGGAAAUCGAAAACACCAUGGAGAUAGUUCGGGAAGAGAUGAACCUAUUAGCGGAGGUUGACCAGCCAGGUAGCCUUAUUGACAACUACGUGGCACAGCUGAGUUUUCUGUUGUCACGGAAGGCUUCUGGCUUGGUGAGCCUCCAGGCGCGCUUGGCGCGGUUUCAGCAGCGCCUCAAGGAACAGGAGAUUCUUAGCCGUCAAAAAACAUCAAGAUAGUUGAACUUCAGAAAUUGAAAUACUCUGUUUUAUCAAUUAUUAUUGACUGCGAGAAGCGCUGUAUUGUGGCCUUAAAAGGAGAGAAAUGGAUCUGAGGAUUUCAGGGUGAUUUGAGAUGGCAGAUAGUGAUGCGAGAUCCAUGGUGAUGUGGGUUGUUGAUGCAGGGCUGGCUUUUGGUUGAGGUUGUCACAGUUUGCUAUUUUUUCUUUGCCUGAAACGGGUGCUUGUGGCGGCAUAGGUUUGUCAAUGUUUGCCGUUUUCUGUUGUACCAAUAUAGUUGUAACUGUUGUUUGAAGAUAUCGGUAGUGAAGUGCUGCGGUGAGGAAAUAACCAUUGUACCUCGCCUUGCCAUUAUAGUGUUGUACUUUUUUGUUGAUAUUAUUUCGCAUCAACAAAAGAAAGAUGGCAUGCGGCAAAAUAUCUACAGGAUUUGACUCCUA